GCAGACGGGAUGAUCCUUAUGGCAUCACAAUGCUUCCCUGUUGACAUCAAACUUGAUCUAAAGGAUAAGAAAAUGUGCUGACCCAGGUUCUGGUUCUGCUCUCUCAUCUCCUCCCCCGAGCCGGUCACCGGAGCCCAGUCACGUGACCGUUUCGGCCCGUCAGAGGGAAAGCACCGAGCUGUGAUGGUAGUGUCCGGGCGCGGGGACAGUCUGAACUCUAGUGACCCCGCCUCAGCAUCUUCUUGUUUCCGUCUCGGUGAGUCCGGCUCGUCCAACGAGCGCCUGGAUCCGGAGCCCUGCCUCUCCUCUCAUUGGACCGAUCCGCGCAGCGGCUGUCAGCCCAUGUGGCGUGGCCUCGGCACCUCAACCUACUUAAAUUCAUCCGGAAAAAACCCGCACGCCGCGCGGAGAGAAGGACCAGAAGUUCAGUACGAGUCAGGACCUGCUGAUAAGAACCCCUCAUCCAUCCAGGAGCUCGUUAGUGUCGCUGCUGCACAGUGAUCCAGGAUGAAUGAGAUAGUCAUAGCUGGGAUAUCUGGACGUUUGCCAGAAUCUAACAACCUGGAGGAAUUCUGGGAAAACCUCAUCAAUGGCGUGGACAUGGUGACAGAGGACGACCGGCGGUGGACACCAGGUUUGUAUGGCCUUCCAAAGAGGAGCGGUAAACUGAAAGACAUCAGCCAUUUCGAUGCGUCCUUCUUUGGAGUCCACCCAAAACAGGCCCAUACUAUGGAUCCACAGCUUCGUCUCAUGCUAGAGAUUGCCUAUGAGGCUGUCGUUGAUGGAGGGCUGAAUCCCACCACACUGCGUGGCACAAAGACUGGAGUCUACAUCGGAGUGAGUGGUUCGGAGGCUGGUGAGGCCUUCAGCAGGGACCCCGAGGAGCUACUGGGCUACAGCAUGACUGGCUGUCAGCGUGCCAUGCUGGCCAACAGGCUCUCGUACUUUUUCGACUUUCAAGGCCCCAGCGUUACGAUAGACACCGCCUGCUCCUCCAGCCUGCUGGCUCUGGAAAACGCCUUUCAUGCUAUCAAGCAGGGACACUGUGAAGCUGCUCUGGUCGGGGGGGUCAACCUGCUGCUCAAGCCAAAUACUUCGGUCCAGUUUAUGAAACUGGGAAUGCUCAGUCCUGAGGGGACCUGCAAGUCUUUUGACUCAUCAGGAAAUGGGUACUGCCGCUCUGAAGCAGCCGUCGCGGUACUGUUGACCAAGAGAUCAGCGGCCAGAAGAGUCUACGCAACCAUGAUCAAUGCUGGAAGCAACACUGAUGGGUACAAGGAGCAGGGUGUAACGUUUCCCUCAGGAGACAUCCAGCAGAUGCUGCUUCGUUCUCUCUAUCAGGAGUCAAAAGUAGCUCCAGAGCAGGUGGAGUACAUUGAAGCCCAUGGCACUGGAACAAAGGUUGGGGACCCUCAAGAGGUCAACGGUAUUGCCGGUGUGUUCUGCCAGUCAGAGCGAGAGCCCCUUCUUAUUGGCUCCACUAAGUCCAACAUGGGCCAUCCAGAGCCAGCUUCCGGUCUGGCUGCACUGGCGAAGGUGGUGCUUUCAUUAGAGCGAGGAGUUUGGGCCCCCAACCUGCACUUCAGUGUUCCUAAUCCUGAUAUUCCUGCCCUAACUGAUGGUCGCAUUCAGGUUGUGGACCGACCUAUUUCUAUCCGAGGAGGCAUCGUAGGGAUCAACUCUUUUGGAUUUGGAGGCUCAAAUGUUCAUGUAAUCCUUCGUCCAGCUGGUAAAGCAACAAACGCCGACGUACCUAGACCACUUACUAGACUGCUUCAGGCUUGUGGCCGUACAGAGGCUGCAGUGAAGGCUGUGCUCCAGAAGGGGAAAGAACAUGCCACAGACAACAGCUUCCUGUCCCUGUUGAAUGGAGUGUCAGGCAUCCCUGCAACCAGCAUGCCCUACAGAGGCUUUACUGUUCUGGGCUCUCAGACGGACACUGUGGAGGUACAGCCAGUGCAGGCGGCAGUCAGACCACUGUGGUACAUUUGUUCAGGUAUGGGGACCCAGUGGGCAGGUAUGGGCCGCAGCCUCAUGCAACUGCCUUACUUCAAAGACUCCAUCCUGCGGUCCGAUGCUGCCUUGAAGGACACCGGCCUCACAGUAUCUUCCCUGCUUCUGGAGGCUGAUGAUGCAACCUUUGAGGACACAAUCCAUGCCUUUGUUGGCCUUGCAGCCAUCCAGAUAGCCUUGAUCGAUCUGCUCACCGAGCUGGGUCUUCAGCCUGAUGGCAUCAUCGGACACUCGGUUGGAGAGCUGGCUUGUGGAUAUGCCGAUGGAUCCCUUAGCCACGCUGAGGCCAUCCUGGCUGCAUACUGGAGGGGUCACUGUAUCAAAGAGGCGAAGCUUCCUCCAGGAGGGAUGGCUGCAGUUGGUCUGACCUGGGAGGAGUGCAAACUUCAGUGUCCACAAGGAGUCGUUCCAGCCUGUCACAAUGCUGAAGACUCAGUCACCAUCUCAGGCCCUGAGGAGGCUGUCAGGGCCUUUGUAUCAGAGCUGAAAAGCCAAGGAGUGUUUGCGAAGGCGGUGCGUAGCGCCGGCGUUGCGUUUCACUCCUACUACAUGGCCUCCAUUGCUCCAACCCUUCUGGCUGCUCUGAAGAAGGUGAUCAGGGAACCCCGGCAGCGCUCAUCUCGCUGGGUGAGCACGAGCAUCCCUCAGUCUGAGUGGACCUCUCCUCUGGCUGUCUGCAGCUCAGCUGAGUACCAUGUCAACAACCUGCUGAGCCCAGUUCUGUUCCAAGAAGCCCUCAGUCUGGUGCCUGACAAUGCUGUGGUGGUGGAGAUAGCGCCUCAUGCCCUGCUACAGGCCAUCCUUAAACGCAGCCUGAAGCCGUCAUGCUCCAUUCUGCCUUUGAUGAAGAGAGGUCACACCAACAAUCUGGAGUUCUUCCUCUCGAACGUCGGGAAGAUCUACAUGAAUGGCAUCAACCUGGACUGUAACUGCCUCUGCCCAGCAGUAACCUACCCUGUCCCAGUUGGUAGCCCUCUGAUCUCCCCGUUAGUGCAGUGGGACCACACACAAACCUGGGACAUCCCUAAAGCAGAACAUUUUCUCCACGGCUCAGGAGGAUCCAACUCUAGCGUCUACACCAUUGAGAUAAACCCAGAAUCAGAAGACAACUAUCUCAUCGACCACUGCAUCGAUGGGCGCGUUCUCUACCCAGCAACAGGGUAUCUCGUACUGGCAUGGCGUACCUUGUUGAGAAGUUGUGGAGCAGCGAUGAACACAACUCCGAUUAACUUUGAGGAUGUGAUGAUCCACAGGGCUACGAUCCUGCCAAAGUCUGGUUCCAUCCAGUUGGAAGUGCACUUCAUGCCUGCCACCAACAAGUUUGAGGUUUCAGAGAAUGGAAACUUGGUUGUCAGUGGUAAGAUGAGCAUCCUUGAGGACACAGCCCUUCAUUCUCUUCGUGAUAAUAAAAGUCGGCACGCUGCCCAGAACCGGGACUCUGAACUGAAACUCGACGCACACGAUGUCUACAAAGAGCUGCGACUUCGUGGCUAUGACUACGGGAAGGCUUUCCAAGGCAUCCUGGAGUCCAACAGAGCAGGAGACAGUGGGAAGCUGGAGUGGACAGGAAACUGGGUGACCUUUUUAGACACCAUGCUGCAAAUGAUUGUGGUAGGGCUACCAGGGCGAAAUUUGCGUUUGCCAACCAGAAUUCGCUCAGUUUGCAUUGAUCCAGGUUUACAGCUGGAUAAAGUGUUCAAGGACUCCAAUGGUCACCAAGCUGUGUGCGUCCGUGUAAAUCGUUGUCUGGAUGACAUCAUAGCGGGUGGUGUCCAGAUGUGUGGUCUUCACGCCACCGUGGCCCCCCGUAGACAGCAGCAGCAGAGAGCCCCCACGCUGGAGGAGUUUGUGUUUGUUCCCCAUGUGGCGACGGACUGCCUCUCUUCCAAAGCCAACGUCUCAGAACAGCUGAGGCUCUGCAAAGGGCUAAUCCACAAGCUGCAGCUGAAGUUGGCUUCUCGUGGAGUUAAGCUGCUCAUUCCUGGACUGCAGGGAGUGUGUGGUGAUGCUACCCCUCCCCAGGAGCAGUCCAAGCCCAGCCUAGUGCGUCUGCUGACCAUGCUGUGUGACCUGGAGCUGAAUGGGAACCUUCACGCUGAACUGCAGCAGGUGGUCGUGAAGGAGCGGGCGUGUCUGCUGCAGGACCAGCUCUUGCAUGGUCUGCUAGAUGACUCGGCCCUCAGACACUGUCUGGAUGUGACCACUGAGAACUGUGCUCCUGGGAGAAUCAAAGUCCUGGAGGCUCUGUCCAGCGAUGGUCAGCUGUUCUCUCGUGUGGUGCCCCUCCUCAACAUCCAGCCAAUGAUGCAUGUGGACUACACUGCCACAGCAGCCAGUGUGGAUCAUCUCCUCCCCCACAAAGCUGCUCUGGAGGAGCUGGGUGUGGCGUCAGCACAGUGGGACCCUGAAAGCCAGCUAGCUCCUGGAGGAGGGGGGUCAGUGGCGGACCUGGUGGUGUGUAACCAUGCGUGGGGUCCUCUGAGGACAGACCCCAGACUGCUGGUGGCUAACCUGGUGUCUGGACUCAGACCAAAAGGGUUUGUGCUGCUCCACACCUUGCUAAAGGGCGAGACUCUCGGAGAGACCAUCGCAUUCCUCAGCAGCACCACUCAAACCAGCGGACGAUGUGGACUGCUCACGCAGCCUGAGUGGGAGAACGUGUUCUCUGAGGCGUCCUUGAUGGUGGUGGCUGUCAGGAAGUCCUUUUAUGGUUCUGUCCUCUUCCUGUGUCGCUCUAAGUCUCAGAGCAAACAGUCCCUUUACCUACCGGUGGACAGCGGUGACUUCAUGUGGGUGGAAAAACUCAAGGCCGCGAUGGCCGACGCCUCAGACACUCCCGUGUGGUUGACUGCGCGUAACACCUACUGUGGGAUUGUGGGAUUGGUCAACUGUCUUCGCCAAGAGCCAGGUGGCAACCGAGUACGCUGCAUGUUUGUGUCCAACCUGAAUGGAUCCUCAGCCUCACCCACCCUACAGCCGGACCACGAGUCGGUCCAGUCAGUGUUGGAGGGAGAUCUGGUCAUGAACGUGUUCAGAGAUGGACAGUGGGGCUCCUUCAGACACCAGCUCGUCUCUAAUGAUCUGAAGGAGGAGAUGACAGAGUCGGCGUAUGUCAACGUGUUGACUCGAGGUGACCUGUCUUCUCUGCGCUGGAUUGCUGCUCCCUCCCACCGCCUGAUGUCCUGCAGCCCCACCAUGCAGCUGUGUCAUGUCUACUACAGCUCACUGAAUUUCAGAGAUAUCAUGCUGGCCACGGGCAAACUGCCACCAGACGCUAUCCCAGGGGAUCAAGCUCUGCAGCACUGCAUGCUGGGUAUGGAGUUUUCUGGCCGUGAUCCCACUGGCCAGCGUGUGAUGGGACUGCUGCCCGCUAAAGGUCUGGCAACAAUAGUGGAAGCAGAUGGAAGAUUCCUUUGGGAGGUCCCAGUCACAUGGACCCUGGAGCAAGCAGCCUCAGUGCCAGUGGUCUAUGCUACUGCCUACUACUCUCUGGUGGUGCGAGGAAGGCUUCGUCCUGGUGAAACGGUUCUUAUCCACUCGGGUUCUGGGGGUGUUGGCCAGGCAGCCAUCGCAAUAGCGCUCAGCAAGAAAUGUAGAGUUUUCACCACAGUGGGUUCUACUGAGAAACGGGCCUACCUGCAGAAGCGGUUCCCUCAGCUCUCAGCUGAAAGUUUUGCCAACUCCAGGGACACUUCCUUUGAACAACAUGUUCUGGCCCACACACACGGCAAAGGUGUGGACCUUGUGCUAAAUUCUCUGGCUGAGGAGAAGCUACAGGCUAGUGUUCGCUGUGUAGCCAGACAUGGACGAUUCCUGGAAAUUGGCAAAUACGACCUCUCCAACAACUCCUCACUUGGUAUGGCCUUUUUUCUGAAGAAUGUGGCAUUCCAUGGCAUCCUGCUGGAUGCUCUCUUUGAGGAAGGCAACGUGGAGUGGGAUGAGGUAUCCCAGUGUUUACAUGAGGGCAUUGUAACGGGUGUGGUUCAGCCCCUACAGACCACUGUAUUUCAAAGGGAGGAAGUGGAACAUGCAUUCAGAUACAUGGCUCAGGGCAAGCACAUCGGCAAGGUCCUGCUACAGAUCCGCUCUGAGGAAACUGGUGCAACCGUUCAGCCUGCUUCAUCUCUGUCUCUUUCUGCUAUUUGCCGCACCUUCUGCUUUGCUUCCCACUCCUACAUCAUCACUGGAGGACUUGGAGGGUUCGGUCUAGAGCUCACUCAGUGGCUGAUUGAAAGAGGAGCCCGCAAACUGGUGCUGACUUCUAGAUCAGGCAUUCGGAACGGUUACCAGGCCAAACGGGUUCAGGAGUGGCAGAGUCAAGGUGUGGAGGUGUUGGUGUCCUUGAACGAUGUCAGCUCUCUGAAGGGAGCAGAGCAGCUGAUUACUGAGGCCUGUACAUUGGGACCAGUGGGAGGAAUCUUCCAUCUUGCCAUGGUGCUGAAAGAUGGCAUGUUGGAUAAUUUGACCAGAGAACAUUUUGUUGAUGUUAGCAAACCAAAGUGUGAUGGCACCAUAAACCUGGACAAAGUGACAAGAGGGUCCUGUCCAGACCUCACCUACUUUGUGGCCUUCUCCUCAGUCAGUUGUGGCCGUGGGAAUGCCGGUCAGACUAACUAUGGAUAUGCCAACUCAGCAAUGGAACGUGUAUGUGAGAAACGGCGCUCUGAUGGGUUGCCUGGAUUAGCGGUCCAGUGGGGGGCCAUUGGGGAUGUAGGUGUGGUGCUGGAGACAAUGGGUGGAAACGACGUAGUCAUUGGUGGUACCCUACCUCAACGCAUCACAUCCUGCCUGGAGGUCCUGGACUUCUUCUUGUCCCAGCAGCAACCUGUGAUGUCUAGCUUUGUUUUGGCAGAGAGGACAUUAGUGGUGAAUGAUGCAGAAAACCAGAAAGACUUGGUGGAUGCUGUAGCUCACAUUCUGGGUGUACAAGAUGUGAGCAGUCUUAACGCUGAUGCCUCAUUAGCUGACUUGGGUCUAGACUCUUUGAUGGGCGUGGAGAUCCGCCAGACCCUAGAGAGAGACCAUGACAUUGUCAUGGCCAUGAAGGAGAUCCGCCAUCUCACAAUUAACAAGCUGAGAGAUUUGGCCAACAGCAAACCAGAAGGGUCAAACGAGUGUCACCAGACUUUAGCCAAGAGGGAUGGUCUUCGCUCUGUGUUCAAGUUGGAUGUGACCCAGUUAUUAGUCAGCCCCACCGGUCCCACUGUGGUACCACUCAACAAUGUCCAGCGCCAGGGGAGACCGCUGUUCCUGGUUCAUCCCAUCGAAGGCUCCACCGCUGUGUUUCAGACCCUUGCCUCCAAGCUGACCAUGCCAUGCUAUGGCCUGCAGUGCACAGAAGCUGCGCCCCUUGACAGCAUCCGGUCUCUGGCAGCCCACUAUGUCACCUGCAUCCAGCAGCUUCAGAGAGACGGGCCCUACAGGAUCGGGGGCUACUCCUUUGGUGCCUGUGUGGCUUUUGAAAUGUGCUCUCAACUUCAGAUGCAGCAUCAGCCAGUAGAGCGUCUGUUCCUGUUGGACGGGUCACACUCCUACGUGGCCGCAUACACAAAGAGCUACCGGGCCAAGCUGACUCCAGGUAAAGAGUCUGAAGCUGAAACUGAGGCCCUGUGCGCCUUCGUCCAACAGUUUAGUGACACCGAAUACAAAAAGCUUCUGGAGACCCUCCUUCCACUUUUGGACCUGAAGGCCCGAGUCCAGGCGGCGGUGGACCUCAUAGCUUCCAAACAUAAAAGCAUCAGCCAGGAUUUACUUUACUUUGCAGCCUCCAGCUUUUACCACAAGCUAAAGGCUGCUGACAGCUACGUACCCGGAGCUAAAUACCGCGGCGACAUCACACUCCUGAAGGCCAAACUCAGCAGCGAGCACGAGCAGAGCCUGGGAGAGGACUACAAGCUCCGAGAGGUUUGUGAUGGCCACGUGUCGGUCCACAUCAUCGAGGGAGACCACCACACCCUGCUGGAAGCAGAGGGAGUGGCAUCCAUCAGCAGCAUCAUCCAUGACUCUCUGUCAUGUGACCCGCCUCCCACCCAUGACUAGCACCACAGUGGCACCGGGACGUCCUGCAGACAUGUUGUCCAGUCAGAUGGACGCUGUAGGUCAGGGCAAGAAGCAAGUCCUCACUGGGAGCAGCAGUAGCUCCUCAGCAGCCACUGGAGCUAAAUAAGCUGCUGACAUCUUUUUCUCGCUAAAGUUCAACAAGCACUGUGUUCAUUAGGCCUCAAAUGUUUGUCAUGUAUCAUGUCUGAGUGUGUGUGUGUGUUAGAACAUCUGAACCAGCUUUAGCCACACUAGCUUUUCUCCGCUGCAUCACGUCUCCACCUGGAGGCUUCAUCCCACACGUCCAUCUAAAGUCUGACCAGACAAUGGAAGUGCUGUCUGAGGCUGCUGACCUAUGAAGACAGCAUGGUUCUGGACCCUGGUCAGAAGACACCACACCUGCAGUCAGGAGUCACCCCAAGUCACCAGGUCCAGGUCCUACUCAAACGGUGUAAGAUGUUGGAAAGCCUGAGCAGUCCUCUUUCAUCUGAGCCUGUAAGGAUCGAACAUUCGUAGACUGACCAACACAGCUAACAUCCAUUGUGUUCCAUGUGUCAGGACCAGUGAUGAAUCCCUGUCAUCCCCAAAUGAUCAGAAAAGCUGAGUAAACACAGUUGUUAGUUCAGGUCCAUGUCCUGGUAGAUUAGCAGGUGUAGCAGAUUAUAACCUAAUCUGCUUUCUGCUGCCCCCCUUAGUCCUGAUGAUUCUGUUUGUUCUCCACCAGACCUCAGAGGCAUUCACACCAGACCUCAGAGGCAUUCACACCAGACCUCAGAGGCAUUCACACCAGACCUCAGAGGCAUUCACACCAGACCUCAGAGGCAUUCACACCAGACCUCAGAGGCAUUCACACCAGACCUCAGAGGCAUUCACACCAGACCUCAGAGGCAUUCACACCAGACCUCAGAGGCAUUCACACCAGACCUCAGAGGCCUUCACACCAGACCUCAGAGGCAUUCACACCAGACCUCAGAGGCCUUCACACCAGACCUCAGAGGCAUUCACACCAGACCUCAGAGGCCUUCACACCAGACCUCAGAGGCAUUCACACCAGACCUCAGAGGCAUUCACACCAGACCUCAGAGGCCUUCACACCAGACCUCAGAGGCCUUCACACCAGACCUCAGAGGCCUUCACACCAGACCUCAGAGGCCUUCACACCAGACCUCAGAGGCCUUCACACCAGACCUCAGAGGCCUUCACACCAGACCUCAGAGGCCUUCACACCAGACCUCAGAGGCCUUCACACCAGACCUCAGAGGCCUUCACACCAGACCUCAGAGGCAUUCACACCAGACCUCAGAGGCAUUCACACCAGACCUCAGAGGCAUUCACACCAGACCUCAGAGGCCUUCACACCAGACCUCAGAGGCAUUCACACAUCAGGUGAACAGGUCCGGAGGGCUGAAUACAAAUGCACACCACACCUUUCACCUUUUUAUUAAUGAAUCAGUUUCAUCCACCUCACAGCUACUUUGUGCUGGUCUGUCACUGAUAAACACUUAAUAAUACAACGAAGAUGCAAUGAAAACAUCAGGGGUAUCUAGGUGCUGCAGUCAUGCAAUAGUACCACAGGGUUCUGUCCUUGGCUUCUGUGCUGUUCUCAGUAAACCUUUUGGUUUAAUGUUCUGAUCACUUGGUCAGUUGAUAGAUGUUCCUUAUUCUACAGAUGCAUGAUCCUUGUAAGCUCCGCCUCAGAAGGAUCAGGCUUAACCAGAAAAAAUACACCUGUUGAUUUAUUAAAGGGGAGAAAUGAUUGACUGCAGUAACGUGUCUGACCUGUACAGAUGGAGGGUUGGGCCUAUUGCUUCCCCAUCGUCGUGUUCCUCUCAGCUGUUGCUGGUUCUCAGACAGAAAACGUUUGACUUAUUUGUAUGUUGUGAUCUACUGAGACCGACUGAACUGAAGUGUGCAUAAUAAACUGGUCUGAAUCUGA